AUGGGUGGACAUCGACGGGAUCAGAGUGACAGUCAUGUACCAUUACGCCCAUCUGCCGAUUUUGGUAUUGAGGGCACCGAACUUCAGGUACGACUUGAUGCUUCUCAGCAUUCACUUGCCUCCCCCACAUGCAAUGGCAUCGCCAUAAACAUAGAUCCAGCUGAUCCCGAACCGUCGUGUAUCAGUCCAAAGCCUAUGCAUCCACGUCGAUCUGAGGGUCUCAAAACCGCUAUCGCAUUCUGUUGUCUGAUGUUGUCGGCGUUUCUGAAUUUCUUUCUGUUGACGGUGAUUCAUGACGUUGUACCUCGUCAACCACUUCCUGAUCUCACUUUCAUGAUCAUUCCACAGCAAAAGUGGGCUUGGUCCGUAGGAGAUGUGCUCUCCACUGUCAGUUCUGUGAUGGCAUUUACCGUUGUGCUACUUCAUCACGAACGAUGGGUAGUUCUACGUCGAAUGUUUCUUCUUGGUGCAAUAAUGUACGGGUUACGGGCUGUUGUUCUAGGGGUUACCUUUCUUCCUCCAUCUUUCCACGAUCGCGAUGAAAUAUGUCUUUCCCAGGUGAAUCGAUCAGCUAUGUACGGCAUGGAGAUUGCAACUAGGUUUCUAACAUAUGUUGUCACAUUGGGUCUGACAUCGGGUCAGGAAAAGAUUCUCUGCGGUGAUUUGAUGUUCAGCGGACAUACUGUUGUGCUAACAAUAAUGUAUUUUGUUCAAUUACAGUACACUCCAAGAGGAUUAGUAUGGUUGAGGUAUUUGGCAGCACCGAUCACAUUUCUUGGUAUCAGUGCUUUAGUAGUAUCAGGAGGACAUUACACAAUGGACGUGCUCAUAGCAUAUUGGCUGACGAGCCAUGUAUUUUGGGCGUACCAUCAGAUGUUCGAGAUGCCCAAAAAAGAUCGCCCAGAUGCUCCGAUGAGCCGCCUCUGGUUAGUGGUUUUUUUGCGGAUGCAUUGCUAA